ACACUAAAUACAUUAUUGACUUGGUGGUGUCUACCUUCCUCAUUCUUAGCAUUUCGCUCUCUUUUGCCACUCAAAAUUCUCUCCUUCAGCCCCUAUUAUCACUCUAUUCUCUCUCAUCUUGCUUCUCUCUCUACUCUCUUUUUCCUCGGUUUGAUUUCAUUUUUCAACAAUCAGUGCCAUUGAUUUAUCAUCAUCGGUAAUCAAUCUCACAGAUUUGUUUAUUUAACCAUUAAAACUGUCGAAAAUGGAUAGAGUACACUGAAAUGAUACCUCUACUAAGCUGACGAGAUUCUUGUCAGAGAUGAGUAUGAAAACGCCACGAGUUGUUCGGAUUUUCGUCACCGACGGUGACGCAACAGACUCAUCGACCGAUGAAGACGAUGACACUGUCAGAUCUCACAGAGUGAAGAAGUUCAAGAAACAUGUUAGUGAGAUACGAAUUGAUGCUUCUCGUAACAGAGUGAAGACUGAAAAUCGCAGCGAAAGUGUCAAGAAGAGACCUUACCGUCAGAAGAAGGUAAAUAUUUUGGCGAAAAAGCCAUCGAUGAACGGCGAGAGGAAGUUUCGCGGCGUUCGGAGGCGGCCGUGGGGUAAAUUUGCGGCGGAGAUUCGAGAUCCGACACUGCGAGCAAGGGUUUGGUUAGGGACCUACGACACCGCAGAAGAGGCGGCCUUGGUCUACGACAAGGCGGCGAUUCGGAUACGAGGACCGGACGCUCUCACGAACUUUAUCAAGCCUCCGCCGAGAUCGGAAAUCACUCCGAUUUCGGUAUCCGACUACGAUUCCGGUAAGGAAUAUCGGGACCUCUCAUCUCCGAUUUCUGUUCUCCGGUUUCACAACACUCAACAAACAGAUUUACAAAAGCAGUCACGACAGGGUGAUGACCGGAGACCGGUGGAACCGGUGGCGCAUGAAACGUCGGAGGAUUGUUGGCCGUUGGAUUUCUUGAAUGAACAGUUCGAUUUCCGGCCUCCGUCUCCGAUUUACUUUGACGAAGUACCAGACACCAUUGUAGAAGCAGAUUUCUACGAUUUUUCGUUGAAUUUUGAUGAAGAUUUGAGAGACGUGGCCGAUUUCUUUGAAGAUCAUCUCUAACUGGUUUUUUCUUGUCAAGACAUUUAACUUUUGAUAUUUAUGUAAAGUGAAUCAGUACUCACCAAGAAUUGCUAAAUAUUUUAUUAUAUUUAAUCUGUUAAAGUUUGGAGGUCGAAUCAAAGACUUGGAAUUAAAAUCGAAAAAAAUGCAGUUCAAAUUUUUAAUUUUAUGUAUAGAUUAGUGAAUUUUUGAACUUUGAAUUGUUUGCGUAUAGAUUAGUGAUUUUUAUUUUAUUUUAUUUUCUAUUUCUUAUCUAGAUUGAUUCAAAACCAUUACACAAAAUGCAGCCCAGCACAAAUAGCAUUGCUUGCA